AUGACGAUCACCAUACUCAAUCAUCAAAACGAAAGCAUCCUAGGGUAUAGCCUUGUUCGUCUUGUCGGGAAGGUCUCUGGUUCUCAUUCAACCCUCACCGUUCUACAACAACCUGGCAAUAAGAAAACUGAAUGGGAAAUCAAAGGAGGAUACUUUAAGGCCUUGAUCCUUCUUCGAGACGGAAGGAAUCAGUUACAUCUCUCCACUUCAUCCUCUCAGUUGCAUUGGACUCUCACCUACGAUAGCACUCUCAUCAACACAACCGAAUACGAGUCGAGAAACAUUCAACGUCUUCGUCCAGUUUAUAUUUAUUGCAAAGAUCACGAUGGAUCAUUCAAUUCCAUGAAAGAGAGUCAAGGAUCCAAUGAUUUGUCGGCUGCCAUUCGUAAGAUGCAGGUAUGUGCAUUGCUCAUGCAGACCUUCUGCGCAGAGGCACUGAAGAAUGACAAAACAUUUGCCUUAGAGGUUGAGAAGAAUGAUUCCAGUUUGCCUCACGUUUCUGUGUUGCAAUUGAAAAAGUGGACUCGAGAAGAACUGGCCAGUUUGGGUAACAAUUGGGAACAAGAUGGAGGUUGUGAUGGCUAUAAUGCAUUGCAUUCGGAGUUGAAUGAAUUUGAUGGUAACAACUCGAGUGUUGUCUAUUUUGCAGUGCUGGGAGGUUCCUUCUAUGAUCCCGUCACGAAAAAGACAAGAAUGGCUACUGCUUUAGGAGGAGGCAAGUUGGGGUUGUUUGCAGACGUUGCCAUGCAUACGUAUCCAUCGCGGGUGGAUGAAAUUGUCUCUUGUUGGCAAGACUCACGACUCAUUGACGAGAGACAAGUGAGGGAUGAUAGUUGUUUCAGGAAGAGUUUUUGGGCCAAUUUUGCCACCUGUUUGGGAGCAAGUAUGCAUGAAAUUGGACAUUGUUUUGGUUGUCCGCACACACCUGGUGGAAUCAUGUCACGAGGCUUCGAUAACUUUAAUCGCUUUUUCGUUAUCUCAGAACCUGGAGAUGACCAACCAACCUUUGGAAGUGCCUCCUCAGAAAAGGGGGCCUAUUGGGAAGACUCUAGUAUUGAAAUUAUCAUGAACCAUCCUGCUUUUGCUGGAGUUUCAAAAUGUAUCAAAAAACGAAAGGAAAUUGGGAGAUCUUGUUCCAAUCCAAGUGAUGCAAAAUCAACAACGAGAAGUAGUAGUAGCUCUUCGUCACAUGGACAGGGUUCUUCCUCCUCGAUACAUGAAGACACUUCUUCCAUGAUAGACGCUCAUUAUUAUGUCAUUGGACCAGAUGUGAUACAUCAAUCUUCCUUUGAGAAUGUGAAAGGAAAGGAAUGGUUGGAACGACAUGGAGAACGUCCAUUCGCAACAUUCAUAGAACAAUCAAGAAAUGAGAAGGAAAUUUUGCUGUUCGACUCAGGACGAAAUAUGUUAUUGAUGUUGACAAAAUCUCAAGUUCAAUGGAAAAUGAAUGACACAAAGGUGACGACAUGGUAUUUUUUAGGUCAUGGCUAUCCUCUAUUCCUCUCCAAUCCAGAUCAUAAGAAAAUUAUUGAUGCUCAUUGUUGUGUCAUUAGGAAGGAUUAA